ACAUCAGUAUUGUAUACAUUAUUACAUUAUCUAACCUUUUUAGAUUAUUGAAAGAAAAAAAAUGUGCUAAACAGCUCAUUUAUUUCAAGGGAAAACAGCCAAUGUACACAGGUAUGUGAUUCUGAAAAGGUUCAAAACCUUUUGUUUGCACUAUGCCUUGUAGGAUUUGGAAGAAAGGUGAAAUUUAAAGGGAUAGUUCACCUAAAAUGAAAAUGCCAUUGUUUCCCCAGCUUUAAUGUAAUUCCAAACCUGCCUGACCUUAUUUCUUUGGUGUAACACAUUUAGCAGAAAUUUAGCAGAAUGUUCACACUAUUGUUUUCCAAAACAGUAUGAGGACAGGGAUAGCCGUGGUCAACAUUCACUUUCAUUGUAUGAAAAAGAGCAGCUUUUGUAUUCCACAGAGGAGAGACAAAGGUUGGAAACAACAUGAGGGUGAGUAAAUGAUGACAUUUUUAAAGUGAAGAUAAUUUACCAGUUGAUGGCAAUAAUCUUACAGUAUCAUUAUGUGUAUGAUAAUGGUGUUUCACCUUUAAAAACAAAUCCACACGUAGUCUUAAAUUACAGCAGAUAGUGAAGGGUUAACUAGAGAGGCUUUGCCCCACCUCCCUUUCCCUCCCAUGAGAAACAGUAUCGGUGUUUUGCCUCACUCUUCUCCCCGCUUCCAUAAUGGCUGUUCGUCUUGCAGUGAGCUCUGCAGAAAGAAGGAUCGGAUUCAGUUUUCUGAGGCCCAUGACAGUGGCCACAGACGUCAGGAGAGGGGCAGUGGGUAAUGCUGCUGCUUCUGUCACUGUCCAGGACAGCCACGGCAAGCUCAAGACUGUGGCUGACCUCCCAGAGAUCAAAACCUUUAGGAUGAUGUACAGACUGAUCUUUAAACGGUACCUGAAUCGUAUGCAUGAGCUGCAGUUGUAUGAAAAACAGCUUUAUGGCCCUUUGUACAAAGUGAAUGCUGGAAACUUCCAAGCCAUUUCAGUAAACAGUGUGGACUUAGUGGAGGAACUCCUUAGAAAAGAUGAGAAGUUUCCUUCCAGAGGAGACAUGACUUUGUGGACAGAGUACCGUGACAUGAAAGGCAUCGGCUACGGCCCUUUCACAGAAGAAGGAGAGAAAUGGUACAAACUGCGGACAGUGCUGAACAAACGCAUGCUGCAUCCAAAGGACUCUGUUCAGUAUGGAGAUGUGGUCAAUGCAGUGGUCACAGACUUCAUCAAACGAAUUUACUAUCUGCGGGAGAUGAGCCCCACUGGUGAUCGGGUCUCUAACUUGACCAAUGAGCUUUAUCGCUUUUCCCUUGAAGGGAUCUCAUCCAUUCUGUUUGAGACACGCAUUGGCUGCCUGGAAAAAGAGAUUCCUGCCGAGACACAAGAUUUCAUUAAUUCUAUUGCACAAAUGUUCACCUAUAGCAUGCCUGUGGUGUUCCUUCCAAACUGGACUCGCAAUUACUUGCCAUUUUGGCAGUGGUACAUUAAUGGCUGGGAAGGCAUAUUCAAAUUUGCCAGAAAAAUGAUUGACAUAAAGAUGGAGGCCAUUCAGAAGCGAUUGGAUGCAAAUCAGGAGGUUGCUGGGGAGUAUCUCACCUACCUGCUUUCCAAUGUCAAGAUGAGCAGUAAAGACGUUUAUGGAAGUAUUUCUGAGCUGCUGUUGGCUGGAGUGGACACAACCUCCAACACUAUGUUGUGGGCACUGUAUCUCCUCUCAAGAGAUCCAGAAGCUCAGGAGGCUCUGUAUCAGGAUGUAACCAGAGUCUUGAAGAGUGACAGAAUCCCAACAGCACAGGAAGUGAACAGCAUGCCUUACCUCAAAGCUGUCAUCAAGGAAGCAUUAAGCAAAGCUGAAUUCCAAGCAGCCAUUACUCCAGUCUUCAGUGUCACAUUAUCCUUCAAAAAUCAUAAUAAUAUGCUGAUUUGUUGCUCAAGAAACUUUUUUUUUUUUCUCAAUAUUAAAAACAGUUGUGCAGCAUAAUUUUUUUAUUUUAUUUUGGAAACUGUAAAACACUACCACUUAACAAUUUGGGGUGAGCAAGAUAAAAAAGAAGAAAUUCAUACUUUUAUUCAAAAUUGAGCUCAAGCGGCUCCUGACGUGAGGAGGCAAUCAAUGCUGGGGUCUUCCUCAAGAUCGAGGGGCAGGUCUAUCUGGAUAGUUACUAUGGAACUCUGCAAUGAAUCAGAAUCAGAAUGAGAAUGAGCUUUAUUGCCAGGUAUGUUUACACAUACGAGGAAUUUGUUUUCGUGACUUCCACAGUGCAACAGAAUGACAGUGACAGAACAAAAACACAGAUAAUAAAAGAGUAAAAAUAGAACAAGUAAAUAAGAAAUAACAAUAUACAAAUUGACAACUGUAUGUACAUGUAUAUUACAAUAGACAGUUUUGUAUGUACAGGUAUAUUAUGUGCAAAUUUGAAAUGUAGACUAAGUUUGUGUGUUAGAUAAAUAAGUGUGUAUGUAUAUGAAUAGUGUUGUGUGUUCCACAAUUAUCAUCAGGUGUUCAUGAGAUGGAUUGCCUGAGGGAAAACACUGGUCGUUCUGGUGCUCAGAGCUCUGUAGCAUCGACCAGACGGCAACCGGACUCCCUUCAGAGAGGGAGUGUGCUGGAUGUGAGGGGUCCAGAGUGAUUUUGCCAGCCCUGUUGCUCACUCUGGAUAAGUACAGUUCUUGGAGAAUGGGGAGGGUUGUACCAAUGAUUCACUCAACAGUCUGGACUACCCUCUGUAGUCUUCUGAGGUCAGAUUUGGUAGCUGAGCUGAACCAGACAGUUAUAGAAGUGCAGAGGACGGAUUCAAUGAUGGCGGAGUAGAACUGUGGAAGGAAGGAAGGAAGGAAGUAGAACCUCUGCUGGGCCUUUUUCACAGUGGAGUCAAUGUGAGUGUCCCACUUUAGGUCCUGGGAGAUGGUGGUGCCCAGGAACCUGAAUGACUCAACUGCAGUCACAGUGCUGUUCAUGAUCGUGAGUGGAGGGAGAACAGGGGGGUUUCUUCUGAAGUCCACUAUCAUCUCCACUGUUUUGAGUGUGUUGAGCUCCAUGUUGUUAAGACUGCACCAGACAGCCAGCUCCUUAACCUCCUGUCUGUAGGCAGACUCAUCACCAUCCUGAAUGAGGCUGAUCAGAGUGGUGUUGUCUACAAACUGAAUUUUCCCAGAUUUACUAGCUGCUGCCUGUCUGUCAUGAAGCUGGUGAUCCACUGACAGACGGAGGUGGGCACGGAGAGCUGAGUUAGUUUGGGCAGGAGGAGGUUUGGGAUGAUAGUGUUAAAAGCUGAGCUGAUGUCCACAAACAGAAUCCUCACAUAAGUCCCUGGUCUGUCUAGAUGUUGCAGUAUGAGGUGUUGAGAAUGUCUUGUGAAAUGACCCAGGACCACUUCUCUGGGCCAUACACUCCCAAUCCACAAGAUACAAUAGAAUUCCUCCCCGGCGUCUGAAGUCCAGGUGAUCUUGCACCUGAUGGGCCUCUUUGCCGUCCACAAUGAUGGGUGGGGGGCCUUGGUUGCUUACAAUUCAUUGACUGCAGGGAGGUCUGUGGGUUCUCCUGACCAGGGGAAUAAGGGGCUGAGCACACUUUGAGAAGGGAUUAAGCCUUUUCAGGGUUUGCGUAGAGAGUUUUGGGCAUAUUCAGCCCAGAGUAGAUAGUGGCUCCAAUCUAAUUGAUCAGUAUUUCAGUAUGUUCUGAGGAAACGUGUGAGUUCUUGAUUCAGUUUGAACAUUAGACUGUGGAUGAUAACCAAAAGUGAGACUGACGUUAAUGUUAAGUUGCUGAAAGAAAGCAGCCCAUACCAGGGAGGUGAACUGAGGCCCUCUGUCGGAGACAAUGUGCUCUAGUUAGCCAUAGAAUCUGAACAUGUAGUUACACAGAUGUUCAGUGGUUUCGAAGGCAGCAGGCAGCUUCAGUAAUGGGAUGAGUUGACAGGCUUUUGAAAAGCAAUCUACUACAGUGAAUAAGGUGUUGUUACCUUGGGAGAUGGGAUGAUUGGUAACAAGGUCUAUGGAAAUGUGUGACCAGGGACACUGAGGAAUGGGUUUUUGAUAUAUUGCUUGUGGAACCAUUGUGGAACCAUUCUGGACAUGGGUUAUGGUGUCAGCCUGCAUGGUGGGUCACCAGAAGCAGAGAGGAGAACAGAGGAAGAGGGAAACAUAAGAUUUGCCUGGAGAACAGUUCAGCGAAGUGGAUCUGAGUUUUGAGCAGUGGUUAUCUUGGUCAUAAUGUCCCAUUGUACAAGAGAAAGUAUGAGUGUGGGGGAGAUAAUGGAUCCUCGUUCUGCAGUUGAGUGAGGAUUCAUGCUGUUGUGAGAGAGCGUCUGCUUUGGUGUUCUUGGAACCAGGAAGGUAAGUGAUGGUGAAAUGGAAGUGUGUAAAUAAUAGGACCCAUCUUGCCCGUCUUGGAUUGAGUCUCUUGGUGUGCAAAUAUUCCAGGUUUCGGUGAUCAGUCAAGACUUGGAAUUGAUGUUUAGUCCCCUCACAAAGUUUUUCAAAGUUCUGCCACACUUUGAAUGCUGCCUUCAUGACCAGUAAUUCAUGGUUCCCAACAUCAUAACUCUAUUUUGCAUGGCUGAGUUUGUGAGAAAAGUAAGCGCAAGGGAAGGGCUUUGGAGGUAUACCAUGAUACUGAGACAGAAUGGCACCGAUGCUUUCAACAAAGAAAGGACAUUCUAGAUUGGGAUGGUGAAAAAUGGGAACGGAUUUGAAUUGGGCUUUCAAGUCUUGGAAGGAUUGCAGGGCUGCUGAGGACCAGGAGAGUCGAUGAUCCCCAUCAUUAGCAUCGUAGUGCCCUCUACUGCUGGAGAAUGCAAAGAAUGAGGUGUAGAUCUAGUUUAGUGAAAUACUUGGCAGUUCAGAGCUGUUCAAGUGCUGCUGGAACCAGAGGUAGACGGUAGGGAAAUUUACAGUGAUCUUGUUAUGGCCUGGAUAGUUGAUGCAUGGACAGAGCCCUGCAUUCCACUUAAGCUGGUGAAGUAGAAGGUCUGACUCAGGUUGGUUCAAAGGAAAAAAUUCUACCUCAAGGAGGUGUGGUGCCCGGAAGGAGCUCAAUAGCACAGUCACUGGACUAAAGUGGAGAACAUUGUGAUGCCUUGAUCUUGCUGAAGGCCUCUACUAAAUCACUAUACUUCUGUAGAAAGUUAGGAAUUGCAGUGGGUUGCAUGUGUAAACAGUGGCAUCUUGGAUGGUUCUGAGAGCAACUGGUUGCAGACAGCUGGAGACAAUUCUCUGAAGACAAUCCUUGCCUCCUUCUGGGAGUUCGAACACUUCACAAAAAUGAGGGAAAUGUGGGUCGUUCAUUGUUCCACACUGCUGUAGCCCAAUCCAAAGCUUUCCCAAUAAGCAGCAAGCCAUGGAUUGGUGGUGACUGUGCUUGAGAGGGCAGGGUUAGCUGCGGAUCCAACUGGUGGUGUUGACGGGACUGGCGCGGGUAAACGAAGAUGUUGUAGCAUGUUUACUAGCUCCUCUGUUAGCGAUGUUAAUUGAUUGAGCUGUUGUUGUUGUGCGGCUAAUACGCUUGCUUGAGCAGAGACAUUAGUCAGCUGAAAAAGUGCCGCUGGAUCCGUGGAGGGUGAUGUCUUCUGUAAUGAAGGGACAACAGAGUUGGAAUCCAUUUGUGGCUUUAUUAAAAGCAGCAGCAGAAAUACAAACAGGAUAGGGGUUGUCAAUUAGUUCGAGGUACAGGGAUUAUGGGAAAAAAGUCAAGGACAAAAAAGUCAAUACUCAGGUGAGGAGCCCUCUGGUGGUGAGUGGGAGAAACCAUGGAGGCUAAGUUCAUGACGAAUCUUGAGAAAGUAUAUUACGUUUUCCACAAAAAUAUUAGGCCGCAAAAACCUUUGAUAAUAAGAGCCAUUAUUAUUUGACAUUAACGGAUAAUAAAUUAAAAAAAACAAUUUAGCAUAUUAGAAUGAUGUCUGAUGGAUGGAGACUGGAGUGUUAAAAGACUGCUAAAAAUACAUUUUAAAAUAUAUUUGAAUAUAAUUUCUUAUGUGUUUGUGUGUGUG